AGGGCGGAGCGCGGGGCGUCGGAGCGGCGGCCCCCCGCCCAGGGCGCGCGGCUGCGUCCCGGGCCGGACCCCCAGGCCGCGGCGCCCGCCGGCGGAGCCUCGGACCCGGAGCGCGCGCCGCUGCGCCCCGCACCCCGGACGGAGCCCGGCGCUGCGGCCGCGGCGCGCGGCAGGUAGUUCCACCUCCCCCUCCCGGCCGCAGCCACCAUGCUGUCCUGCGUGAAGGCCUACGAGGACCAGAACUACGCGGCCCUGAAGCGGGCCUGUCUACGCAGGAAGGCGCUCUUCGAGGACCCCCACUUCCCCGCCACGGACGACUCCCUCUACUACAAGGGCGCCCCGGGGCCCGCUGUCCAGUGGAAGCGUCCCAAGGACAUCUGCGAGGACCCCCGGCUCUUCGUGGACGGCAUCAGCUCCCAUGACCUGCACCAGGGCCAGGUGGGCAACUGCUGGUUUGUGGCCGCCUGCUCGUCCCUCGCUUCCCGAGAGUCGCUGUGGCAGAAGGUCAUCCCAGACUGGAAGGAGCAGGAGUGGGACCCCGAGAAGCCCGACGCGUACGCCGGCAUCUUCCACUUCCGCUUCUGGCGCUUCGGGGAGUGGGUGGACGUGGUCAUCGACGACCGGCUGCCCACGGUGCACAGCCAGCUCAUCUACUGCCACUCCAACUCCCGCAACGAGUUCUGGUGCGCCCUGGUGGAGAAGGCCUAUGCCAAGCUGGCGGGCUGUUACCAGGCCCUGGACGGGGGCAACACGGCGGACGCGCUGGUGGACUUCACAGGCGGCGUUUCGGAGCUGGACCUGACCGAGGGCGACCUGGGCGGCGACGAGGCCAGGCGGAGCCAGCUGUUCGAGCGCGUGCUGAAGGUGCACAGCCGGGGGGGCCUCAUCAGCGCCUCCAUCAAGGCGGUGACGGCGGCCGACAUGGAGGCGCGGCUGGCGUGCGGGCUGGUGAAGGGCCACGCGUACGCCGUCACGGACGUGCGCAAGGUGCGGCUGGGCCACGGCCUGCUGGCCUUCUUCAAGGCGGAGAAGCUCGACAUGAUCCGCCUGCGGAACCCCUGGGGCGAGCGCGAGUGGAACGGGCCCUGGAGCGACACCUCCGAGGAGUGGCAGAAGGUGAGCAAGAGCGAGCGGGAGAAGAUGGGGGUGACGGUGCAGGACGACGGCGAGUUCUGGAUGACCUUCGAGGACUUGUGCCGCUACUUCACGGACCUCAUCCAGUGCCGGCUGAUGAACACGUCGUACCUGAGCGUCCACAAGACGUGGGAGGAGGCCCGGCUGCGGGGCGCCUGGACGCGGCACGAGGACCCGCUGCGCAACCGCAGCGGGGGCUGCGUCAACCACAAGGACACCUUCUUCCAGAACCCGCAGGGUGGGCGGUACAUCUUCGAGGUCAAGAAGCCGGAGGACGAGGUGCUGAUCUGCAUCCAGCAGCGGCCCAAGCGCUACCGCCGGGAGGGCAAGGGCGAGAACCUGGCCAUCGGCUUCGACAUCUACAAGGUGGAGGAGAACCGGCAGUUCCGCAUGCACGGCCUGCAGCACAAGGCCGCCGGCUCCAUCUACAUCAACUCGCGCAGCGUCUUCCUGCGCACCGAGCAGCCCGAGGGCCGCUACGUCAUCAUCCCCACCACCUUCCAGCCCGGCCACACCGGGGAGUUCCUGCUCCGGGUCUUCACCGACGUGCCCUCCGACUGCCGGGAGCUGCGUCUGGACGAGCCCCCGCGCACCUGCUGGAGCUCUCUGUGUGGCUACCCCCAGCAAGUGACCCAGGUUCACGUCCUGGGGGCCUCCGGCCUCAAGGACUCCCCGACAGAUGGAUGA